AUGCUUUCCCAAUUGGUAAAGGAAUAUUCUUAUAUGUGUAACUUUGUUGGUGUCUUAUUGAUGUUGUUAUCAUGUUUUAAAAUGUUGGUAGCACUUUGGUGCAAAAAAAACAAGUCCAGUAGUGUUAUUGGAAGUCCUCCAGGAAAUAGGGGAUUACCCUUCAUAGGAGAGACACUGCAUUUCAUGGCUGCCAUCAAUAGUACUAAAGGAGUCUAUGAAUUUGUUCGACUUCGCCGCCUCCGAUAUGGAAAUUGCUUCAAGACCAAGUUAUUCGGGGAAACACAUGUAUUUAUUUCGAGCAAGGAGUCAGCAAAGACAAUUCUAAGAAACGAAGGAGGGAAGUUCUCAAAGAAGUACAUAAAGUCAAUCUCCAAGCUCUUGGGUCCUGAUAGUUUGCUGUGUGCAGCUGAGCAGCAUCACAAACUUAUUCGAAGCCGUCUUUUCAGUUUGUUCUCACCUCAUUCUUUGUCUUCUUUUGUUCAACUCUUCGAUCGACUUGUAGUCAAAGCUGCAAGUACCUGGACAUGUGGGUCCCUUCUCAUCAUACAAGAUGAAGCCCUCAAGCUAGCUUGUAAGGCAAUGUGCAAGAUGCUAAUAAGCAUUGAAAAUGGUGAUGAACUAAUGGUAAUGCAAAAGAAUGUUUCUUGUGUGUCUGAAGCAAUGCUUGCACUGCCUUUGAGAUUACCAUGGACCCGAUUCUACAAAGGCCUUCAGGCUCGAAAAAGAAUUAUGGACAUAUUGGAGAAAGUUAUCAGCGAAAGAAGAGGCGGAAUCGCAACUAGCCAUGUAGAUUUUCUUCAACAACUUUUGGCAAAUGAUGAUAAUAAAUUAGAAAAAGAUGAAGUUAUAACAAGGCUAACAGAUGAAGAGAUCAAAGAUAAUAUCUUAACUAUGAUUAUUGCUGGACAGGACACUAUAGCAAUUGCAAUGACAUGGAUGAUCAAAUUUGUGGAUGAGAAUCAAGAUGUUCUUAAUGAACUUAAGAAGGAACAAGAUGAGAUUGAGAAAAAUUGUAGAGGAAGUGUGAAUCUUACAUUAGAGACUCUUUCUGAGAUGCAGUAUGCAUCCAAGGUAGUAAAAGAAGCACUAAGGAUGGCAUCUGUAGUGCAAUGGUUGCCUAGAGUAGCACUCGAGGACUGCGAAAUCGAAGGAUUUGAGAUCAAGAAAGGUUGGAACAUUAAUAUUGAUGCUAGAUCAAUACAUCAUGAUCCAAGUGUUCAUAACGACCCGAAUGUGUUCAAUCCUGCAAGAUUUCCUAGUGAGUCAAAACCAAACAGCUUCUUAGCUUUUGGGAUUGGAGGAAGAAUGUGUCUUGGGAAGAACAUGGCUGAAGCAAUGAUGCUGGUGUUUCUUCAUCGUCUCAUCACUCGUUUCAAGUGGAAGGUGAUUGAUUCUGACUCGAGUAUUCAAAAAUCGGCACUUUUUACAAAACUUAAGAGUGGUUAUCCCAUUCGUUUGAUAUAUGUGAAGGAAGAAGAGAUGAACAAAAAAAUUGUGUGA